AUGGCUGCCGCCGCCGCAAUCAUCGCUGGGAAGUUGGCCGGGAACUCGGUGGCAAAUGCAACCAUCUCCUUUUGGAUCAGCAAAGCUUUCACCUGCCUGACUGACUACUGGAAGGCUGAUGGCUUGGAAGAUGUCAAGGGUAGGGUACUGCAGUCAGUGAAGAAGGUCCAGGUUGUAUUUGAUAUCGUUGACCCCGAACACAUCAAGGAACAAAGCUCUGCCCUGGAUCUUUGGCUGUGGCAGUUCAGAGAUGCAGUUGAGGCAGCAGAGGAUGUGAUAGAUGAGCUGCACUACGACGAGCUUAGAGAGAAGGCAAAGGAUCAUAAGGUCAGUGACUGGGGCUCCUCUUCUGCUAAACUGAAGCAUAAGAUUGUCAAGUCUGUUAAACAUGUCGGUGUCAUGGGUAAGACUGUGAAAGAAUUUACUCACCAUGGCACGCUCAAGAGGCUGAGGAAAGUCUUGGAGGGACUAGAAAAGGCGGCCACCGAAAUUGUGGCUAUCCUCACAGUCACACAACAUCUCAAAGACAUUGCUUCAGGUAGUAAGAGGCAGGUGAAUUUUAUGAACAGGGAUCAUGACACUGGUUCAACAUUAACUGAACCUUACUUUGUUGGACGAGAAGAGGAGAAAAAAAAGAUCAUUCGAUGGCUGACUCAGGCACCAGUGGAAGCUUCUGAAAUUGUGAGAAGUACUCACCAUGUUCCUAUUCUCUCGGUAGUUGGCCAUGGUGGAAUGGGGAAGACUACAUUGGCUCAAUAUGUAUGUGAAGAGGAUGAGGUUGUAAAUAAUUUCAAGGUUAUAUGGGUCCAUGUUUCUACUAGAUUCAAUGCAACUUCCGUGACAAGUAAACUGCUGGAAUCCGUCACAGGGGUAAAACCUUGUGCAGAUCAUUUAGAGACGCUUCAGCAGAUGCUCAAACAAGAACUCAGGUCUGUAAAGUUUUUCCUUGUUUUGGAUGAUGUCUGGGAAGAUAAGAAUAAAAAGGAAUGGGAAAAUAUAUUUGCUCCACUGAGGAAAGCAGAGAGUGGGAGCAAAAUUUUAGUAACAACCAGAAUGCAGUCAGUAGCAGAUAUGGCUGCAAAUGCCAUGGGGGUUGAAAGAGAAUACCUGGAAUUAGAAGGGCUGCAAGAAGAUGAAAAUCUUAAAUUAUUCAAUCAUCACGUAUAUUCUGGUAGGAAUCCACAAGAUUUUGAAAAUUUAAAACCCAUAGGUGAACAACUUGCAAAACAACUAGGAGGAUGUCCCUUGGUAACAAAGGUUGUUAGCGGUUAUUUGCAGUGCAAUAUGGAUCCUGACAGCUGGACUGAUUUCUUACAAGAAGGCCUGGUACAUUUUAAUGGAAGUGAAGAUGAUGUAAUGGAAACUUUGAGACUAAGCUACUACUGCUUGCCAGCACAGGUCCAGAUUUGCUUUCGAUAUUGCAGCAUAUUUCCGCAGGACUACGAAUUUAAAAAGAAAGAUUUAGUGUUGAUGUGGAUGGGCUCAGGAUUGAUAUCACAACAUGGAAACAAACCAAGAAGGAUUGAAGAUAUUGGGUAUCAGAUCUUGGCUGAGUUAACUAGGAAGUCAUUCUUUGAAAUGAAAUUCAAGGUAGUUCAGUAUAGUCAGAGAAGAGAAGAAUAUUACAUCAUGCAUGACCUGAUGCAUGAACUGGCAAAAUAUGUUUCUGCUGGAGAAUGCACAACAUUAAUUGAUCCUAACAUGUUGGAAAAUGAGAGUGAAAAUAUCCGACACUUGCGUAUUGCUUGCAUUGACAAAUUUUCUACUGAAGAGGUCAAGAAAAUCACACGUUUUAAGAAUCUGCGCACCGCUAUUAUUGAUGGUCCAGGUUUGAUUGACAACGAUAUGUUAGGCAUGGUUGAGAAUGCUAUACAAAAAUCAAAAUCCUUGCGUCUACUGCGAUCAAAUUUGGAGAACACAUUCCAUCUUCCUAAACUUGCUGAUUUAAAGCACCUUCGUUAUGUCUAUCUGCAUAGGAUAUCACUUGAGGGAAUGCGUGGGCUUGUUAAACUUUAUCACUUACAGCUAGUUGAUUGUUUGAAUGAUUGUGGGGAAGAACUGAAGCAAGUGAUGUAUUUAGGGAACAUUGAUCAUCUGCGAUAUGUAAAUUAUGGGUUGCGGAGAAUUGGUGAGUUUCCAAUUGGAAGACUCACUUCACUUCAGGAGCUGCACAACUACCGGGUACAAGGAAGUAAAGGUAACAAAAUAAGUGCUAUCAAAAACCUGAAGGCUAUCCGCGAACUAGAGGUUUUCAGCAUUGAGAAUGUUGAAAGUCUUGAAGAAGCUGAUAAUGCCAAGUUAAAAGAAAAACCGUAUCUCAACUCUCUAUCUCUCACGUGGUCAGCACGUGCUGAUGCAGAAAAUGGGAAAGAUGACUUGAUUCUUGAUCACCUUGAGCCACAUGCUCACAUUAGAAACUUGAAAAUUUCUGGAUAUUGUGGUGCAAGACUUCCUAUUUGGAUUGAAAACGUCCGUGUCAAGAACCUGGUGUCACUUGAGUUAGCAAGAUGCAUAUAUUGGGAACAGCUGCCUUCACUCGGAGAAUUAGAUUGUCUUAAGAAACUUUGGUUGGAGUGCCUUCCUAGCCUACAACAGAUUGGUCAUCCAUCUCAACUCUCCAACAUUAGAUGCAUUGGUUCAUACCUUCCUCCACAUCUUGACACGUUGAUUGUAAGACGUUGCAAAGAACUGAAGCAGUUACCUAUCCUACCACCCAGCUUGGUUCAUAUGGAAAUAUGUAAGGUCGGGUUGACCGAAUUCCCAAGGAUAGGCAACCUACAUGGUGAGAGUAUUGAAACCAGGCCAUCUAAAUUGCAGUUUGUCAGUGUUGAAGAAUGCGAAAGUUUGACCUUACCUAAAGGAAGCCUUCUGUUGCAAAUACACUACAUCAGAACGAUCCAUGUCCUACACAUCAGUGACUGUAAAGAACUGGAGUCUGCACCCUGUUUGAUGAAAUGA